CUGACCUCAGCGAAGGAUGCUGCGUGGUGCCCCGAGAUCAGUAGGGCCUCUUGACUUCCCUAUCUCCCCUUCCUCCUCCCGCAGAUUGUCGGGGUCGCCAACCAUCCACACGGGAUGACAGAAGAGGAAUUGACGCUCCUCGCGCUAGUCGCCUCCUACGGAUUGCAAGAUGUGGAAGAUAUCCGUGGGCGGAAGAAAGGCAAGGCUAUCUCUGGGCCUCUUAGCGACGAGGAGCUCGCUCUGCAAUUCUUCGCCGAAGAGGCCCGUGCGUUGCAGACGCUCGUGAGUGACAUCGCCUUCGCUCACAGCAUCGACGAGGCCCUUCGCACGGACGCGGACCUCCUAGAGGAGCACGAACGCGCUGAAGAAGUUGCGAGACGAGAUAGAGAGAUAGCUCGAGCUAUUGCCGAGGGUCGAGCGCCCACUACGCUGAAGCAUGCCGGUCUUCUCUCAACAAUGUCUAGCGUGCGGACGCUUGCGACGAAUUCAACGGCCAUGUCCUCUUCAGUGAUCUCGGUAAGACCACUUUCUCUGAUGGCCAUUUGUAUAGACACCACGUACUUAUCGAGUUCGAGUACUAGAUCUGAGACGUGUGUCAUCUGCAGGGACGCCAUUCAUGGCCCAGUAAUCCGCGCACCUUGCGGGGACACUUACGACGUCAACUGUAUUGUGGACCUAUUCCGUACAGCCACCGUCGACGAGUCGCUCUUCCCUCCUGCCUGCUGCCGCCAGCCCUUCAAUGUCUCGGUCAUCAGGCAAUACCUGAACAGGGAUCUAGCCACGCUCUUCGAUAAGAAAGCAGUCGAAUUCGGGACCAAAGAUCGCGUCUACUGCCAUCGUCCCACCUGUUCCGCUUUCCUCGGUGCAGCAACUGCCACUGCGUCCUAUCUGACAUGCAAGGAAUGCUGGUCGAAUACAUGCGGGCACUGCAAAGCUGCAGCGCACUCCCUAUUCACGCGCUGCACCAGCGCGGAAGACGCCAGCGUCGUCGCACUUGCGGAGCAGUCGGGGUGGAAGCGCUGUCCCGGAUGUGGCCAUCUCGUCGAGCUCACCGUCGGGUGCUACCACAUGACGUGCAGAUGCAGGCACCAAUUCUGCUAUCUCUGCACUGCGCGGUGGAAGACCUGCGCGUGCACUCAAUGGGACGAAGCGAGGCUAAUCACAGCCGCCGAGGAUAGAGUGCAGCGACAGCAGCAGAUGCAAGCCGUUUUCGCUCCCAACGUUCCCGCUCCACCUGUGGACAUCGCUCGGGCGGUCCGUGACCAAGCAGCGAGGUUGAGGGAGAACCACGAUUGCACACAUCGCUGGCGAUAUGUUGCGGGUGCCGGGAGAUGCGAAGGCUGCGGACACUAUCUGCGCAUCUUCUUAUAUAACUGCAGAGACUGCCUUACGUGGUCUUGCGCGAGGUGCAGACGCAAUCGUUGGCUAGUGUAA